AUGCACCCACCGGCUCUACCAGCCAUUGCCACGAGCUUUGUGCGCAAGCUGUACCGCAUCCUGGACCAGGAGAGCGCGGCUGUCAUCGCCUGGGACGCCGACGGCGCGUCCUUCGUGAUGCUGGAUAAUGACGCACUAGAGACCCAAGUACUGCCUCGUUACUUCCGUGGUCGUCUGAGCGCCUUCCGCCAGCAACUAAAAGAACACAGUUUCGUAUCGGCAUCAACCGAGCAAGGACAGGAACGAUAUCGCCACCAGUUUUUUCGACGUGGCUGUCCAGAAGAGCUCAACCAGAUCACUCAUACGCCUUUGCCCAGGAAGAGGCCGCCUAGGAAGAAGAAGCGCAAACAGCCAGAGUCUACUGCUGUUGCAACAGAACCAACCAGUGACGCCAAGAUAGCGAAGAACCGCGCUAGUAGAGGAGCGCAUCGAGUGACGCCCUACCCGGUGCACCAAGAACCGGAACCAGAAUUUAAACAUGCUGUCGUUGACCCAGCAUCACUGGCGGGCAAUCCGCUAUUUGGUGGUGACGCGUCGUUGAGUAACUUCGUGCAAGGGCUGGCAGUGGACGGGUUAUCUGUGCGGCCUCUGGACGCCACAGCUCUACCAAAAGAUGAACCCAUGUCCGAAGACGUCAUGGAGGCUCUGCUAUCACUACUCAGCACGUCGCUGUCAACUGACGGACGGGAAGCAAGUACUGCUGCAAUGGGUGCAACCCUUGCUGUAAACCCCACAGUGACGUCCGCGACGAAUACCAACAGCACGAGCAGUACAUGCAGUAGCAACAAUAUCUUCGCAGAAGGCCGACCACCCGUGGUUUUGCCGCCGCUACCACCAGGAAUCGUCGAAACUGGGCAGUUUUCCGACGAAACCCUGAACAACCUUAUGAACUGGGUGUCCGCCAAAGAGGCGAGUACGUCAUGA